AUGCAUUUCAAUGCUCAAAAUCAUACUGAAAAUUCUCUUUGUCUCAGAUUUUUGCGAGAUUCAACAAUUCACGGCCUCAAGUAUUUGUCGCAGAGAAAAAGACCACAUGUCGAAAGAAUAUGCUGGUUACUAACUCUGCUCACCUCUCUGGGCGCAUCCGCAUACUUGAUUUAUGGCAUCAUUGAAAAAUGGAAUGCCAGCCCAGUCAUUGUUUCAUUUCAGCCUUCUCAAACGUCCGUAAUGGACGUCCCAUUUCCUGCAGUAACCGUUUGCAGCUCAAAUCGUUUCAAGAAAUCCGCCGUCGAUAGAUUUCUUAGAGAUGUGAACUCAGAGGAUCCGGAAGAGUCGCAUAUAGCAAAAUCAGUCUUACGUCAACUGGACCACGUUUGCAGCUUAAGCAACACUUUCUCCACCUACUUCAACUACUCCCUCAACGAAACCACGGUCAACGCCUGCGAGAGACUUGGCAUCGGGUGUGGAAAUCACCCUGGCAUGCUUGCAUCAGAGAAUAUCCCGUAUCCAGUUUUACUUCAGUUUGCGUUGUCAUUUCAAUCAUGCGGGGAUAUGAUCCCAUUAUGUCUUUGGGAGGGCAAGAAGCUGAACAUGGGAUCAUGUGAAGAAAUUUUCAAACCCGUCAUUACUGAUAUGGGCUUCUGUUGCACAUUUAAUUCAGUGCCGAGGCAAUAUCUUUUGAGAAAUGAGUCAAUCUUUUUAAGUUCCGCGAUAAGUGAGGAGGAUGUCCGGUUUUGGGAAGCAUUCAAUCUGGACAACCUUCUGGAAACGGAUCACCACACGAAUAAAGGAUACCGAAAACAUGUAAAGUUUCAAAAGAAAGCCGGACAAACGUCGGGGCUUUCAUUUCUCGUAAACACAGAUGCGAAUGAAUACUUUUGCGCAAACCAUGACAGCUUUGGCUUCAGGGUGCACGCGCAUUCGCUGGUUGAGGUCUCACACGUCGCAGAGUUUGGAGUAGCAAUUGCUCCUAAUUCAGAAUUGUUCCUGAGUCUUCAAGCAGAAGUGACCAAGUCGGAGAAAGCAAUCCGAGAUAUGAACGUUGAGCGUCGGAAAUGUUACUACUCUGACGAACACCGACUGGAUUCGUUCACUUUUUACACAGCGUCAAAUUGUUUGGACCAAUGUCUAUCCGAAGAAAUUGCGAAAGGUUGCAAUUGUAUCCGGUUUGACCUCGCGUUGAAGUUUUCAUCAGUCGAGUUCGAAAAUGUGACUUACUGUGAGGGACCAGCAUUCAAAUGUGCAAAACUAGUGAUGGGAAAUGUGUCCAAAGUAGGAACGGAAAUAAUUUGCCCACAUUGUAAACCAACCUGCAACAAAAUUGAGUACAUUGCUCAGUUGUCGUCUCUGCGACUGAGGGAAGAUUUCACAAUACGCGUGGAGCUGGACGAGGAGGACGAAGGAAAUACUCCGGAUAACUUUGUUCGUCCGAAUGCAUCAAUUGUUCACGUAUUUUUUGGGUCGGAUAAUGUCUACUCGAGGGUUAGGAAAAAUAUGUACGAUUCCAACGACUUUUUCGCACACAUUGGGGGAAUUCUUGGUCUAUUUCUUGGCCUUUCUGUGAUCAGUGCCGUCGAACCGAUUAACCUUCUGUUUUGGAAGAUUGCUCAAAUAUUUUCCAAAAAGUCGAAAGUUAACCCACAAAAUCAAAGCCCUGAUACCACAUUGCGAAAUGACCGCUCAUUUUAUGCACCAUCCCCAAAAAAUUACUACGCCGAGAUGCCAAAUGCAAGUCAAGUUCCAUGGUUCAAAAACCAAUAUUCCAUCUUUGGACCAACAAUGCAUGGAAAUCGUUUGCAUCCGAAGGGGCAUGAUAGCAUUAUGAGCCGCCGGUAUUAA